CUCUCUCCCAAAUAUCCUGUUUCUUCGAGUGGUGUCGAUCAGACCAAUAGAAAGCUCUUCCUGCUGUUGGCUGACUUAACUUCCAGCUUUAGCACAAUCUCAUCCGCUCCAAACAGCGUUCAGCUCCACCGCAACUCACGCACACGCCGACCAUAAACACACAUAUUAGAAUUAAAAGUCGUGAGUGGACGGGCGAUUCCUGCGCCGCCAUGGCCAGCACCAUCAAGGAGGCGCUGUCGGUGGUGAGCGAGGAUCAGUCCUUAUUUGAGUGUGCGUACGGAGCGUCUCAUUGUAAAGCGGACAUGACAGCGUCUGCCGCGGGUGAAUACACACAGAAUAAACUAAGUCCCAGAGUGCAGCAGCAGCAGGAUUGGAUGGCUCCGCCCACCGGACGCGUCACUGUGAAGAUGGAGUGCAGCAGCAGCAGUGCAGGAGGAGCUGCGCAGGUCAACGGCUGCAGAAUUUCUCCUGAUGACUGUACUGUGGUUAAAGGAAAGCUGUCAGCAGGUGAGAAUGUUCCGGUGAUGUACAGUAACUACAUGGAGGAUAAACACACACCACCUCCAAACAUGACCACUAAUGAGCGCAGAGUCAUCGUACCUGCAGAUCCGACUCUGUGGUCAUCGGAUCACGUGCGUCAGUGGCUGGAGUGGGCCGUGAAGGAAUACAGUCUGCCGCAGGUUGAAGUGUCGCUGUUUCACAGUGUGGAUGGGAAGGAGCUCUGUAAGAUGACCAAAGACGACGUCCAGCGUCUCACCAGCAGUUACACGGCUGAUAUUCUGCUGUCACACCUGCAGUACCUGCGAGAGACUCCGCUCCCUCACUUGACUUCAGAUGAUGUUGACAAAGCCUUGCAAAACUCCCCACGGUUAAUGCAUGCUCGCAACACAGGAGGAGCCAGCUUUAUUUUCCCAAAUGCUCCCGUCUAUCCUCCAGAUGCCCCCAGAGGUCCCAUCAGAGCGGAUGUGAGUUAUGACGUGGGCAGACGUGCUGUGUGGCCUCAGACUGGAUCUGCUUCUAAAGUUUCUCAGAGUUCAACCACCAUCAUGACUAAAACUGAGGAUCAGAGAAUUCAUUUAGAUCCGUACCAGAUUUUGGGGCCGACCAGCAGCAGACUGGCAAAUCCAGGUUCAGGUCAGAUCCAGCUGUGGCAGUUUCUCUUGGAGCUUUUGUCCGACAGCUCAAACUCAUCCUGCAUCACCUGGGAGGGAACCAACGGUGAGUUUAAGAUGACCGACCCGGACGAGGUGGCGCGGCGCUGGGGAGAGAGGAAGAGCAAACCCAACAUGAACUACGACAAACUGAGUCGUGCUCUCCGCUACUACUAUGACAAAAACAUCAUGACCAAAGUCCACGGCAAACGCUAUGCAUACAAGUUUGACUUCCACGGCAUCGCUCAGGCCCUGCAGCCGCAUCCGCCUGAGUCGUCCAUGUACAAAUACCCCACGGAUCUGUCGUACAUGAGCGCAUACCACUCGCACCCGCAGAAGAUGAACUUCGUGUCACCGCACCCUCAGCCGCUGCCCGUCACCUCGUCCAGUUUCUUCGCCGCUGCGAGUCCAUACUGGAACUCGCCCGCAGCGGGCAUCUACCCCAGCCCGCGCCACCCGCCCGCUCACAUGCCCUCACACCUGGGUUCCUACUACUAAACAUCUGCAUGAGUGAGAAACAUCUCCAGACGUCCAAGCAGAAACUAAACAAGGAACUUACAGGCGCUUACCGGAUUUCAAACAGGAGAAUCUGCAUCGACGAAGCUCAUCGUGAAGGAGUGUCAUAUCUGUUAUCUGUGCCGGAUAAAACUGAAGAAAUAUUUUAAAUGGGGGCUGAGAACCGUCACAGAUCUGGUGAAGAACGAAAUGAGAAUGUGAAAGUGUUGCUCUUUUGAAACCCAGUGAGCUGCAUUCUAAGGCAUCAUCCUAACGGAAAUUAAAUCUCAUAAGUCAUAUUUAUUUAUUUAGCACUCUUUGCAAUACACAUCAUUUCAAUGCAUUUUUACAGAAGUUAUGCUUUAAUGUCCUUAAGCCCUCAGUGAACAAGGGAAAGGUGAUUGCGGCAAUAAAUAACUCCAGAAGAUGUUAGUGGAGUGAAAAACCGUUGAGAGGAACCAGAUUCAGCUUGGGGAGCGCACGGCACACAGAAAAUUACUUUAGUUAAGUCUCGUGCAUGGUUGAACAUACGCACUACAACUGCUUUGUAAUACACUGUAAAACAAUCCUCUUAAAUUCACUGUAAAAUUACAGUGAUCAUGGGCCGGUUGCAUAAAACUGUUUUAGACUAGUCUUACAAGUUUUGGUCUUAACUUUUUCAGUCAGUUGCAUAAAAAUGAAGAUUGGUCUAAUAUAAAACCAGAAUGUAAAACAGACUUUGUAGAAGAAAUUGACUUCUAUGAAGGUGACAAAGUUUUUUAAUUGUAUUAUUAUUUUGGUUAAAAUCACUAAAUUUGUUCAUUACAAUCAAUAUUGAAGCAUUGCAUUCUUCUAAUAAGCAAAUAUUUUCAGCGAAGGAAAACUGUGUUGAGUGCCCACUGUCUGACAUUUUAAGCCGUUCGGUGCAAUGCAAAAUAGACUGUCUUACUAAAGACGGCUGUGAACUUGUUUUAUGAAACAGGCUUUCUCUGGCGUUUUUAGUUAGUCAGACUAAUUGUUAUACGCAGUCUUAAGUUAAUGGCUAUGUUUAUGCAACUGGCCUCAUGUUUCAGGCAUUACGGGAUGUCAUUUUGGUGCCUGUAUAUUUAACAGUUCACUACCGUGUAAGUCAUUACAUGAUAAAAUGUAAAUAUACCAACCUACUGGAACUACAAAAAUCUACUUUGCAUUUUUAAAUGUAUUGUUAAGCACUGUAGUAACACAGGUGGGCCACAUGAUGACUUAAAUUUCAUCAAGAGAAACUCCAGCGGCAAUGACCAAUAAAUAUGUAUAAAGAGUGCACAAAACAGCAUCAGGGUAACACACGUGUCAUUGAAAUAAUGUAAUAACAACAUACUGAUAAUUGAAACAUAAAGCACCCCAAUGUACAUAACCGAUAUCAGAAAUUAAGAAACAUAAAUAUUUCAAUUAAAUAUAAUCAAAUGUGAUGUGUCAUGCAGGGACCACUGGAAACGGCUAAUUGUUGUUUUUCACUGUAAUUUUUAACAAUAGUUUACUGUUAAAAACAUGUAUUGUCUUGUUAAGCAUAUGGCCCUAUUUUAAGAGCGUUAGUGUUAAGCGCAGCACUAUACUAUAAGUCAUAAGUGUAAAGUCAAUGGGCAUGAAAUUCUGGUAUUUUUGUGCAAGCAUGCGCUAAAUCGAGGUGCAAGUGGGUUUGGGGAAACUGAGCGUGCAACGUGCAAAUGGGCUGGAUUAAGUGCAAUUUAAUUCUGAAGUUUUUCUUCGGUUAUUAUUGCACCGUCUUCAUCCUAUUAUAUAGUCCAUUCUCUCAAACACCAGCGGUAUAAACAAACACAGCACAUUUAUAAGAAGUUGGUAGUGUAAACGGACUGUAUGCAAUGAAUUAGAAGAACAGAAAAUGAUGUUCGUUUGUGCAUUAACUGCGUUGAUGAUUGUCGUGCAUAUUUCACAGUGACACACUCCUUUUAUCUGCGUGGAAAAUGUGCUUCUCAUCAGAAUUUGAAUGUACACUCCCACCCAUGCCCACUUGUGCUUUGUGCUGGCAUUGGAUAAGACGUUGCGCACGGUCAUUGUGUGUAGCACUGCGCUUUGCACGCUCAAGAAAAUAGAGCCCAUAAUAUACAUUUUCACCAUUAACUAUAUGGUAAAUCAUACUUUUUAAUUAUGACUUUUUAAUUAUCUCUAAAAUAUUAUAUAUAUAUUUUUUAUAUUUUACUGUAAAAUUACAUGCAUUGAUUUGUUUCAAAAUAUAGAAUGUUUCACUUUACAUAGUUCGUUAACCAUACCAUGUAAGUUAACCAAAUAACAGUUAAUAAUUUUUUGACAGAUUUUACACUUUAGCACAUUCAACACCAGACGCAUGCACAGAGAACAGACACAGACGUGGACUGUCCGUGUGAAGCCCAGUUUUACUAGACAGUCUGCGCAACAGUGCUGAUGACCAAAUUUGCUAUAUGUGCAUUGUGCGCAAAACCUUAAGGACAAAGUAUGCUUCAGGUGUGCACGUUGCGGAAUGCUCGGCGCACAGUAUGUGUGACGCAAAUUGUGUCAUCUGCACAGCCUCGCCGCCUAGAGUUUCUUGACUCGCGCACGCGGUCUUCGGCUGUGCCUCAUCUGCACAUGUGCUGACCAUUGACUGUUCUAAAAGAGUGUCACAAAGCAGUGUAGUGCGCAUGCGUCAAACACAUUCCUAUUCGUUUGUGGUCAGAAAAGUAUACUCACAAAGCAACGAGGUCGACCAGGUGCCAGCCGAUCCGGAACACGCAAAAACAAAGUAUACCUGGGCCUUUAGCCUUUAAAAUACUGCCUCUGUAGGCAGCUCACUAGGUUUUGAAAAAGAGCAAAUUUGUGUAAAAAGGGCUAUUCAUUACAAAAAUGUAGAUGCAUGAUCAGUUACUUAUUAAUCUAUAUGUUUUAUGCAUUAAACUACCUUAUUUUAAUAACAGACAUAUCAAAGAAAGUUUAGAAGGUGAGACCUGUGAGACAGUGUGAGACAGACAGGUCAGAGGAGCAGACAGACAGGUGAAUGAGAUGAUGAGGUGAGACAGGAUGAAUGAGAGAGGAACUGAAGUAUGUGAUCAUGAAGAAUUAUUGAGUUGGUAGUAAGUUGUAUUUAUCAGUAUUAUGCAGUUUAUAUGGCAUUAGAGAUCGUUCUGAGGAUACUUGUCGAAAAUGACACAUCUUUGAAACUGGAAUAUGAAACUUGGAAUUUGACUCUGUAAAAUGUUUUUCAAUGACCUCAAACAUUUAAAGACAGAGGUGGAUUUUUAUAAAUCGGUGCCUUACAGAAAACAGCUCCUCACACAGCUGGAGAGAUUUACCAAAGAAUACCAAUAUGUAUUAUUAUGUAUUAUUAUUAAUAUUAUUAUUAUGUUCUGAGUCGCAAACGCUGUGCGUUUGUUAGAUUGGAGUAUACAAUUCAGUGUUAUAUAUUCUUUUUAUAUAAUAGUUAUAUAACUUAUGCAUUUAAACACUACGAGUUGAUCUCAGCCAGCCAAAGAAAUUUUAUCAUAGAUUUAGAGAAAUAACAGAGAAAUGAACCAACGUGUCAAAACAGUCAUAUGUUUGUGGCCUUUGAAUGAAACUCAGUAUUAUCCGUUGUUUACAGUGAAAGCACAUGUGCUCAAACGUGUGUGUUUGUAUAAAUCUGGACUGGCGCAGCACACUCAUGUCUCUGUUCUACUGAAUCCAGAUCAGAUCAGAGAACGCCAUGAUGCUCUUGAGAUUGUUGACAAAGGGAAGAAAUCAUAUACUUAGAUCAAUUAUAUGGUUUUCUACUGAAUAAUUUUAAUAAACUAUUUUCAAAAACA